AUGGAUACGGAGGCCAUUGUCGGCCAGAAAGUGGUUAUGAAUUGUGUGGCCAGCGGUCAGAGUAGGGUUUGGUGGGAGCGAUCGGAACUGGCCGACGGACAUUUGCGCACGGUCAUUUCAAAUUCGCAUAUGCACACCAUGGAAAAUGGCAGUUUGACUAUCAAUGAUGUUACCCCAGAUGACGAGGGUGUCUACCUGUGUCAGGCUAAUAAUGGUGUGGGCAGUGGCCUGAGUAAAUUAGUCCAGCUCAAAGUGCACGUUGGGGCUCAUUUCAAGAGCAAAUUCGGUUCGCAAACCGUCACCAAAGGACAGGACGUGUGGAUUGAGUGCCUAUCAUAUGGCGAGCGGCCGAUAGCCGUCGCCCUAACCAGAGAUGGCCAGCCGUUUGACGCCGGCGUCGAAAACCGGUAUCAAGUGAUCCGUAACGAGACGUCAGGUGUAGACGCCGUGUGGCUGAGGAUACAUAUACUCGACACUACCCGUCGGGACAGCGCUCUCUACACCUGUAUAGCCAGUAAUAAAUAUGGCCGUGAUGAGUUUAAUCAUCAACUGAUUGUGCAAGAGACGCCGGAUAUACCGGAAAACGUGAUGGUAAACGAGGUCACUAGUCGUACGGCCCUAUUGUCAUGGCUGGAGCCGUACGCCGGCAACGCUAUUAUCAUUAAAUAUCGGCUGGAAAUGAAACAAUCGCUGAACGGUUGGCAAUCCUCCCCUCAAUCCUCCCCUCCCGGCGAUAACACAGUGGAGUCAAUACCGGGAACCGACACCUCAUAUACCAUACGUGGCCUCAAACCGGUCACAGCCUAUACCCUACGGCUUAGCGCCGAGAAUAAGCUGGGCUUUAGUGCCAACUGUCCGGACAUACACUUCAGUACCGCUGAAGAA